CUAAUAACAGUGAUAGAACCUUUCGUUCGCCACCACCAAAAUGCAAAAUUGCAGACGGGUCAGAAAAGCGUUCGCAUUGUAUAACUACGUCAAACCUGUUACUUCAACACUGGAUUAACGUACCCAACACGAAAAAAUACGCGAAGAUGCAGGAGACGGAGAAAAAGUGACUUUCUUCCUACAGAAAGCGCAGCUUUAGCGAGCCUAGUUGGCUGGCAGUUGGCACUGAUGACGUCUACUUCCGUCAGCCAUAUUGUCUGAAUAGUGCUGUUUCACAAGCGCGCGUUUUAAGGUCAAUUACUAUUAAUUUUAUACAAUUCUUGAACUUACAACUUUGAACUGGGUGGUUGAUGAACAGUUUUCGUUCCACUUACAACCAUAUUUCUGGGUGCAAUGUGAAUUGUUUAUUUAUGCAAACACGAGAAUAUGCAGCUAGGAGAGGGACAAGAGAAAAGAGAGAAGCCCUGAAGAAAGCCAGGAAAAGGACAGUUCAAAAAGUUCAAAAAGUUGGAUAUAUUCCAAGCGGGAAAGAAGCAUCUACAACUAAGAAAAAAGUCAUAUUACAGUCACCUCUCACGUUAAUAGAUGACAGCUGGAAAAAGAAACCAGUUGAUAAUGUAUGGAUUUUAAAAUAUCAUCGAAAACCACUUUAUGCUUUCAAGGAAGCUAUAGAAUGUCAUCGUGAAACAAAUCAUCCUACUAUGUAUAACAGACCUGAUGCAUAUGUUAAUGCCAUAUUUGCAUUAAAUUUACAGCGUGAAAAAAAAACUAAGUUCCUCGAAAAACUUACAAACUUAGUAGAAACACCACAUCCAUUCGAUCAACAAACCAACAGGACAAUAUUAGCAUUUUGUAAAAAAAAAAGUGACAUUGAAGAUGCUAUGGCAGCUGGUGCUAAUCAUGCUGGUGGGGUUGAAAUUAUUAGACAAAUUCAAAAUGGAAGUUUUGCUUACAAAGAGUACAGUUACAUAGUAGCUCACGUAGAUAUUCUACCUGAUUUAUUGUUAAUCAGGGGAUUAUUGAAACUCAAAUUUCCACAUGUGAAAAUAGGUAACUUGGGUACUGACAUGGGCAACCUUGUUAAAAAAUUUAAACAGGGAAUGGUAUACAAGUUGAAACCAAAUCCUCACUUUAAAGAGUUUGGAACAAUCAAUUGCGCAUUUGGCACGCUUAAUAUGGAUAUAGAACACUUGAAAGCAAAUUUUGAUGCUCUUAUUAAAAACAUUUAUUCAGCGAGACCAAAACGUGAUGCACAAUUUAUAUUAAGCGCAGAGAUUACAAGUCCGCCAUCUACAGAAAUAUUUAAACUUCAACUAGAUGAAUUUCUACCUAAACAACCAGUAAAGCAAGAGGCAGAAGAAGAAGAAGAAGGAAAAGAGAAUAUUGAAGACGCAGUUAUUGCUUCACAAUGAAUGUAUAUCAAAUGAAUAAAAUAAUUAUGAUUAGUUACAAAA